AUGUCUCUAACAGGCCGUUCUCGUAUUGUGGUGAAUGGGGUUAGAAGAACGAGAACUUCUCACUAUUUCUGGUGCCUAUAUUGCCAAAGAACCGUGAGGAUUCCCUUUGCAAACAAUAAUGGUUCUACAUGCCCCUAUUGUUUCCACCAACUUCGUUAUGAGCUUGAUAUCUCAAGGCCUAGGCUUCUCAUGAACGUGCCAAAUAACUUGGAACCUUCACCAGCUCCUCAACUUCUGCAUAACUUGGCCCUAAUUCUUGAUCCACCUCUAAGGAGGCAAAACAACAACCAUUUGGACACAACCACACAAUGGGAAACAGAAAAUGAAGAUGGUUUAGAUCCUCAGGCUUGGAUUACACUCCGAUUUCCAAGGCCAAGUCGUGCACCUAGGCCUAUUUCCCCACCACAAAACUUGGCUCCUCCCAAUGACACUGACACCCUUUUUCAGAACACACUAAUAGAUGACUUCAUUGAUGGCAUGAUUCAAAAUAGACCAGGGCCACCUCCAGCAACAUCUUCUGCCAUUGCAGCAUUGCCAAUGGUGAAGCUGACACAAGCCCAUUUGGCUAGUGACCCCAAUUGUCCAAUUUGCAAAGACGAAUUUGAGCUUGACAUGGAAGCCAGAGAGUUGCCAUGCAAGCAUUUCUACCAUUCUGACUGCAUCACCCCUUGGCUGCGCAUGCACAACACUUGCCCUGUGUGUCGCUAUGAGCUACAAGCUGUAGCUACAACUAAUUAUAAUUACCGUUUCCAAAACGAUGAGAACGAUCUGAGGUUUGCGUUUGAGGAUAUCACAAGCAGCUUGUACUGGAUCUGGAAUCACUUGGCUUCCUUCAGGCCUAUCCGUUCAGUCCUAGAUUGGACACGGUCUUACUUUGAUUUCCAAGGUAGUCCUUGGUGGCGAUCAUUGUUCGUUAUAUAG